CUGGGGCUCCCACAAACGGUCUGUCAUUGGGGGGGACUAUUUGCAGGGUUCAGGAGGGGGCACAAGCAUGGACCAACUUUGGGGUCUACUGCAGAGAGCGCAACAGUGGUCCCCAAGACCCUCUCAGACCAUCUAUAAACGUGUGGAAGGCCCUGAUCUGGGGCACCUGGAGGAGGAAGAGGAGGACAGGGAGGAAGAGGCCGAGCUGCCUGUCCAGUUCUGCCCCAUGGAACUCAAGGGCCCUGAGCCCUUAGGCUCCCGGCCCGGGAGGUCAGCUCCCAUCCCCUGGGCGGCAGCAGGUCGAAAGGCUGCCCCCUAUCUGGUCCUGACCACCCUGUUGAUCUUCACUGGGGCCUUCCUCCUGGGCUAUGUGACCUUUCGAGGGUCCUGCCAGGCAUGCGGGGACUCCGUGUUGAUGGUCGGCGAGGAUGUCAACUCUGAGCUGGACCUCAACUCCGGCCUGGGCACGUUGUACUGGAGUGACCUCCAGGCCAUGUUUCUUCGGUUCCUUGGGGAGGGGCACCUGGAGGACACCAUCAGGGUGACCACCCUCCGGGAACGCGUGGCUGGCUCAACCAUGAUGGCCACUCUGGUCAAAGACAUCCUCGAUAUGUUCUCAAGCCAGAAGCUGGACCACGUGUGGACUGACACUCACUAUGUGGGGCUUCAGUUCCCGGACCUGGCUCACCCUAACACCUUGCACUGGGUGGAUGCAGCCGGGAGCGCCCAGGAGCAGCUGCCGCUGGAGGAUCCGGAAGUCUACUGUCCCUACAGCGCCACUGGCAACGCCACGGGCAAGCUGGUGUACGCCCACUACGGGCGGCCGGAGGAUCUGCAGGAGCUGAGAGCCAAGGGCGUGGAGCUGGCCGGCAGCCUCCUGCUAGUGCGCGCGGGCAUUACCAGCUUCGCCCAGAAGGUAGCUGUUGCCCAGGACUUUGGGGUCCAAGGAGUACUGAUAUACCCCGAUCCAGCAGACUUCUCCCAGGACCCUCACAAGCCAGGCCUGCCCAGCUACCGGGCUGUGUAUGGACACGUGCACCUCGGAACUGGAGACCCUUACACACCGGGCUUCCCCUCCUUCAACCAAACCCAGUUCCCGCCGGUAGAGUCAUCAGGCCUUCCCAGCAUCCCCGCCCAGCCCAUCAGUGCCAACGUCGCUGUCGGCUUGCUCAGGAAACUCAAAGGCCCAGUGGCCCCCCAGGAGUGGAAAGGACACCUGUCGGGCUCUCCGUAUCGGCUGGGACCUGGGCCAGCCCUGCGCCUUGUGGUCAACAACCGCAGGGCCUCGACUCCCAUCAGUAACAUCUUUGCCUGCAUUGAAGGCUUCGCAGAACCAGAUCACUACGUUGUUAUCGGGGCCCAGAGGGAUGCGUGGGGCCCAGGAGCAGCCAAAUCUGCGGUGGGGACUGCCAUCCUGCUGGAACUGGUUCAGACCUUUUCCUCCAUGGUCAGCAAUGGGUUCAGACCGCGAAGAAGUCUCUUGUUCAUCAGCUGGGAUGGAGGUGACUUUGGCAACGUGGGAUCCAUGGAGUGGUUGGAGGUGAUUUGGGGUUCUGCAGAGGUAAUGGGGAGAGGCGGGGGAGGGGAACCUUCCUUCUUCACACUCUUCCCCGACCCACAGGGCUACCUCAGCGUGCUACACCUCAAAGCCGUGGUAUAUGUGAGCCUGGACAAUUCAGUGUUGGGAGAUGGCAAAUUUCACGCCAAGACCAGCCCCCUUCUGAUCAGCCUCAUUGAGAAUAUCCUGAAGCAGGUGGAUUCCCCUAACCACAGCGGACAGACGCUCUAUGACCAAGUGGUGUUGACCAAUCCCAACUGGGAUGCCGAAGUGAUUCGGCCCCUGCCCAUGGACAGCAGUGCAUAUUCCUUCACGGCUUUUGCGGGGGUCCCAGCUGUGGAGUUCUCCUUCACGGAGGAUGAUCGGGUGUACCCAUUCCUGCACACGAAGGAGGACACGUAUGAGAAUCUGCACAAGAUGCUGCGAGGUCGCCUGCCCGCCGUGGCCCAGGCAGUGGCUCAGCUCACAGGCCUGCUCCUCAUCCGACUAAGCCACGAUCAUCUGCUGCCGCUCGACUUUGGCCGCUAUGGGGACGUGGUCCUCGGGCACAUUGGCAACCUCAACGAGUUCUCUGGGGACCUCAAGGCCCGCGGACUGACUCUGCAGUGGGUGUACUCUGCGAGGGGGGACUACAUCCGGGCGGCGGAGAAGCUGCGGAAGGAGAUUUACAGCUCCGAGCAGAGCGACGAGCGUCUGAUGCGCAUGUACAACGUGCGCAUCAUGAGGGUGGAAUUCUACCUCUUGUCCCAGUACGUGUCGCCAGCUGACUCCCCAUUCCGCCACAUCUUCCUGGGCCAAGGCGACCACACUUUGGGUGCCCUGCUAGACCACCUGCGGAUGCUGCGCUCCAAUGCCUCCAAGGCCGUCUCUCCCGGGUUGGCAUCAGGUCUGGGCUUCCAGGAGAGCCGCUUCCGGCGCCAGCUGGCGCUGCUCACGUGGACGCUGCAGGGGGCAGCCAACGCGCUCAGCGGCGACGUGUGGAACAUUGACAAUAACUUUUGAGGCGCCCAGCCCUGCCUGAGCCCCACGGCAUUCUCCCGUCUCCCUGUUUGAGUGGUGCAGGCGAAGGAGGUGCCCCUCGCGCCUCUCAUUGCGACCUGUUCUCAUGAACACCCCGGGUCCUGCAAUGUAGGUGAGCCUUGUUUUCUCAGUGUGACAUCCAUACUGAUCCGGAAAGCGGCUUUCUUCCCAUUACUGGUUCUUCCACCUUCAGGAGCAAAGUCUUCCAUAUCUAGAGACUACGUGGGCGCUGGGAUCCGGCCAGCUCUUUUAGUGGGUGGUCUGUGGUGGGAGGCCCAAGGGGAUUAGUUGUCAAUAAACCACCUGGUAACAUCUGUA